AUGCUAUCAUUAGGUGAUUACAAAGAUAUAGCGAAUGCCAUGUUAAUUCAUUUGGUGAUGGAAAAAGUGGACGAAGAUUCACAGGUCAAAUGGGAAGAAUCAGUGGAUUACAGGAAGCUGUCAACUUGGAAUGAAUGUUCAGCGGUUUUGACGAGGCGAUGUGAGAACCGUGAUGCAAGGGAACAUAAAGUUAAUCAAGUGAAUUCAAAGGCUAUAAACUAUCAAAGAGAGUAUAGAAAUAACCGCAACUACUCAACCUCUCUUGCAGUUACAAAACCUUUAUGUGAAGUCUGUAAUGGCAGUGGCCACGAUAUUACAGAUUGUAGCAAGUUUAGAAAGCUUUCUUUAAAAGAACCCUUUAACGUAGCACGGAGAAUAAAGGUAUGUUUUAUAUGUUUGAAAAGGGGACACCUUCAAAAAGAAUGCUCUGCUGUUAAAUGCUCGAAAUGUGAUUUAUCUAAUCAUCAACUUUUACAUGAAGAUUAUAUCUUGGAGUCAAGUGAACAAAGAUGCAAGAAUUGGCCAUCUACGUCAACACACAAGACAGCUCAGUUAUCAGUUACGAACGUAAUGACUGAAAACGAGGUUUUUUUGGCAACAGCAGUAGUAAUGGUAGCGGACAAGUUUGGCAAAUAUCACCAAAUGCGAGCCAUAUUAGAUUCUGGCUCUCAAAUUGCUGAAAAGCAUAAGGUAAACAUUGAUAUAUCAAUAGACAUAAGUAAAGAUAUACCAACGCUAGAAUCAAUGCUGGAAAACCUCUCCGAAAUAGACGAUAACAUUGAAGCCAAACCAACAGGCAAUACCAAUACAAUGGCACAAACACCGGUGGAAUUUCUGAACACAGCAACAAAAAUAUUACCUGAGUUUGAUGGAAAAUCUUCAGAGCUUCAUAGCCGCUCUACAACUGGUGGACAGCAUUAA